UAAAUACAUACUUGUGGAUCUUCUUUUUCUCUUCAAAUAUUCGUAGUUCUUCAAUUUAAAGCAAUUAUACAAAGUUCACCAUCUUCUUUCAUUCUCUAUACACUACUCCAUAAUUCCUUUUAGUCGUUUUGGAGGAUUUCAACAUUUUCAAUGCAGUAAGAAACUCUUUUUCCCCGUUUUUCACCGUGGUCUCUCUCUUCACUUUUUCUUUUUCUUUAAUUUUUUUUCAAUUACAUUUUCCCUUCAAUUUUAAUAUGCUAUAUUCAUAAUCAAUGAUCAGCAAUUACUAGUACAAAUCAAAUAAAAGAAAAGUAGCAGUAAUGAGAUACUUCCUUCGAUCCUUACUAUAAAGUAUUUUGAUUUCGUCUUAGGUUAAUCUAUGAUGUCUUUUUAAUUGGAAAAAAAACCUUAAAUAUCAUAUAUUUUUACAUUCGUUAUAUUCUUCUAAUUAUUAUGAAAUAUUUUUAAAAUUUUUAUUCCAAUUAAAAAGACAUGAUGAAAAUUAUGACGAAAUCAAAAUGGAUUCUAAUAAGGACCGGAGUAAUUUAAUAAGGGAAUAACUAACUGAAUAUCCCAAACACUAUGCCGGUAUGCCCCGAGGAUUACCUCACCAUUCCAAAUUAGUACUACCAUUUUGCCAUUUUGCCACUAAUUUUGUCCCCUUGUGAACUCGCAGUCUCACACUGCCCCCCACACACACACACUCUCUCACACACACUCACACACUUGUUACACACGACGAAACCGCUGACGGUGACGUGAAAAGUAAACGGCAGCAACACUCAGCUUCCCCUCUCUCUCUCUCUCUCGCCUUGCGGCAUGGCGGAGCCGGAACAAACGGCGGUGUACGACAUAGAGUACAGAGUCGACGACGAUGACGCCUGGUACAGUGUUUCCGUGGCGUUGUCCGCUGACAAGGAGACGCUAUCCAUAGCUUUCGAAGGUCUCGCGGAACGCCAGAGCAUUUCCGCCGGCGAUUUCGAAACGGUCGCCGAGGUCGACGAGAUGUUCUUCAGGAAGUUCCGACCGGUGUCGAAGCAGCUUCAGGACUAUGAGUGCCAUAGAGUGAUCAAAGGCAUGACGGUCUGCGCUGCUCUGAGUUUCGGAAGUGAUGAUCUCCGAUUCUACGACGCGGUUGUGGAGGAAGUAAUUUCUAUUUCUUUUUUCCUAAACCUUCAUUUAUCCUUUUCGUCUAGGGUUUAAAUUUUCCUAGCCUUUUUUCAUUUAUCAUUUUGCAUGCAUAAGGGUGUCGAUUUUUUUUUUAAUUCUUAUUGUUUAUUUAAGGUAAAGAACAGGGGAGGUAGACUGGAUGGUUAUUUGUUUGAUUUCUUUAUGAAGGCUUCCCUUUUGCUUGGUAGGCAGUGGAGGCUGUGAGUAGAUUUUUUUAUUAUUAUCAUAAUUGUUAUUUUUUCCCCCCUUCACAUGGUUCACACAGGGGCCCCUUUCCCAGUAACCUGGUUCUCUUUUUAAACAAUUGAGCAGGGCCCUUUUCAGUUUUCACCAAUCUUAUAAUUGAAUUUACUUGAUUAUCUGUUAAGAUGUUAUUGGUUCUGGUAUCUUGACAUAAACAAUUGUCAUUUCAUGCCUUGGGGCCUUGGGGGUAGCUUCACUAGAUGAGAAGAUGAUCCAAAAAUGAGAGAAACAUGUUUAAGACUUGUUCUUAAGAGCCAAUUAAAUGCCCUAAUAAGCUUGUAAGAAAUAUAAAAUUAUUUAACUUCAUUAAAUUUUAACAGGGAGGAAAGAGGAAGUUCCUAUAGGAAAAGGGACAUGAUAUACUUGAACCUAAAAUAUUGCAUAAUUUAUGUUAAAACCUGCAUGAGAAUAUGUGUUUUGAACCAGAAUUCUUCAGAUAUGGUUUACACUUUACAUGGUCUAUUUGACAUAGUGGAAUAAAGGUUUAACUGAUGUAGUACUAUGUUGAGUUAUGGAUUUAUGAUUGAAAUUGAUAGUCAUCUUUGUUUCAGUGCUAUGCUUUGCCAAAGUGGGUGUUUCACAUUUUGUUUGAAGGAAAUUAGUUUCUGUUUGAAUUAUCCGUAAUAGCAGAUAAGAGCAUAUUAAGUUCAACAUGAUUAGGAGCAGUUGGAUGACUGUGAGCUUUUGUUUUGAGUAUAGCAAGAUUGAACUCGUGAAUGACACAUUUGGACUUCCCCCCAUUUUGUGCUAAACUUAAGAAGUUACUUAUUGGGAAUUAUAAUUAAACCCGUAAUUUGUUUUUCCAUUUUUGUCUAUCGUGUCUUCUACCGUCUUUGUUGCCUUGUUGAUUUUGAGAGGAUGCAUUCUUGAAAUGGAUAUUGCCAGGAAAUUUCCUUUUGACUAAAAAGGUAAAAAAGAUAGAGCUAUGUACAAUGAGGAGUUUAUUAUGUUGCUUUCAAGCAUCAUUCUUCCUGAUGUUAUUUCGUUUUCAACUGAAAGGUGGAACAUAAAAAACAUUCAUUUGCUGAUGGAGAAGAGGAAUGUUUGUGCUCUUUUAUGCUAUGCUGGCUUCAUGGCCCAAUGUCAGGCAGUAUGGCUUUGGGGAAAAUUGCUGGCAUUUGUGCUAUUCAAACUGCUGCUCUAAAUGACCCCAGAAUCACUACAUUCUCAAACUUGACAAAGGAAAGGAUACGAAAUGCUUGUUCAGAAUGUAAAUAUGGAGGACCAUCAAGCUGUAAAGAACACAUUAACCACUCUUCGGAUCAGAAAUCUGCAUCUAAAAGAAAAUUGCAGGAUAGUGAAGUAGAGAGUUUCAACCAGAAGGAAAGAAAAGAACUUGAUCUUGGUGUCCAUAUUGAUCCUGAUGAAGAUAUGGGAGGGUCUGACUCUGUAAAUUCUGGUGGUUGCUAUUUUCUGUUAAUUGACAACCUGGAGAAAGAUUUGUCCACAUCAGCAAUUAGCCAAUUCAUUCUUGGAAAUACUCUUGCUUCACCACGAGCGUACCUAUUCCCCCGUAAACCAUAUCUGGCCAGUCGUGCUGGAGCCAUAGCUUCAGAUUCUAAAGAGAAUAUAAGAAAAAUCCAUGACUUUUUGGUCCAUUCUGAACACUUAAUUGUGUCUGCAAGUGGAAGGCCUUGGGUUGUACAUGAUGAGGUGUUGGAUUCAUCAUGUGGGGAAAUCCUUGGAGGCUUACUCUCCCGAUCACAGGAUCAAUUUCAAUGGCCAAGCCUGAAGCAAGAGUUGAAAGUUGUGUAUUCAGGAACUGAAGCGUACAACACAGCAAAGCAAUUACGGGAUCUGUUUGUGGACUUUCUGCAUCAUGAGCAACUGCUUUACGAGAGAUUAGUUUUAAAAGAGACAGAGAUUCUAAAGUCCUCUCAAACAGGGCAGGCAAUCACAUCUACGUAUGUUUGCUACUCUGUAAUAUAUAUCUUUUAAGCUAAUUAAUGCAUUGAGAUAAGUUCUUUCAGGAUGAGGCAUGUGAUAGUGUCAACAUGAAGUUUACUAAGUGAUAAUCGCUGUUUUCUUAAAUUUAAGGAUCAUUGAGAAAUCUUGUCAUGAGAUAUGACACGUACAGCAGACUCCUCAUGGUGGAAUAGCGCAUAACUCUUUGUUGCUGUUUCAUUUUUUUUCUUUCUUUGAGGCAUGAAACCUAGGCAGUCACUCUUGAAUUUAAUGAUUUCAUUCGGUGUUUACAGGUGACGAUUUUUGAAAAAGGGACUGUCUGUUACGCAUUACAAGGAGGUCGUUUCCAUGUUUUGAGAAUUUCUGCAGUGGAUUGUAAGAGGAGCAGUUUUUGCUGUCACUUUGGUGCAAAACUUUGUGGUUGCAGCCUCCUUUUUGAGUUGAACAGCAUGACACAGAAUGUGUCCGCUAAUUCAAGUUAGAGUUUCUAAUGUAUAGUUACUGAUCAUCCUGUCGUCACUGUCAUCUAAUUGAAAGUUGAUUCUAGAAUUUUGUUACAAGCAGGAUUGCUCUCCUCGAUCGCUUGAAUUUUGAGGUUAAACAUUAUAAUGUUUUCUGAAAACCCAAAAUUUGAAAGCAUCCUCUUUGCAUUAGCAGUGUAAUGCAGCAGACUCGUGAUGCGGCAUGUUAUCAGCA